AUGGGGCGGGUCCUGUGGAGCCCAGGUCCCUGGGUCCCCUACGGGGAGUCAGAGCGCUGCUUCCCUGGGCAGGGGUGCGGCACCCUAGCCAGGAUCCGCCCCACACGCGGCCCCGCCCUCCCCGGCCCCGUCCCUCGUGGCCGCCCCGCCCUCUCUGGCCCAGCCAGCAGGGUGGUGCUGAAGGGCGUCCCCGCGCUUCAGUCCCCCGAGCCGCUUUACGCGCUGGCGCGGAUGCGGCACGGAGAUGAGAUCGUUCUUGAGGAUGUGAACUUCCCCACCGCCUGCAUCUGCAGGUGUGGACCAGAGGAGAUCCCUGCCAACGGCCUGGGCAUCCCUCAGCGCCUGGAGGCUGUGCUGCAGCUGCUACCACUGGACUGCUACGUGGAGAGGCCAGCUGUGGUCGUGGAGCUGGUGCCCAGCGACAGGGAGAGGGGCCUGCAGACCCCAGUGUGGACAAGCUACCAAUGCAUCCUCUCCAGGGCCGGCUGUGCAAGCCCCCUGGCCACGAUAGAGAGAUUUGAGUUUUAUGAGUGGACCAGAAAGGCUUUUGCUGUUGUGACAACUGGGGAGGCGGCCCUCUACGGAAACCUCAUCCUCAAGAAGGGGUUGCCGGCCCCCGAUGCCCUGUUCCAGGCCUGUUGA